AUUUGGAAGAAUAGUCUGCAGGCAUAAACCACAACAAGGAAUGGCCUCUGCUACUUCUUGGUCUGAAGAGAACUUUUCAUGUUCCAUCUGUCUGGAUGUAUUCGACAGCCCAGUUACCACCGCAUGUGGACACAACUUCUGCAGAACCUGUAUUACUAAGGUCUGGGAUGAACAAGUCCAGUUCAAAUGUCCUCUUUGCAAUGAGCUUUUCCGCACAAGACCUGAUUUACGGAUCAAUACCUUCUUAUCAGAGUUGUCUACUCAGUUUAGAACGUCUGAACGAGUAAACAAGCAGCAUUGUGUUAAACCAGGCGAAGUUCCCUGUGACUUCUGUACUGGGACCCAGCUGAAGGCCGUGAAGUCCUGCCUGAUGUGUCUUAUCUCUUACUGUCAAACCCACCUGGAGCCACAUCAUAGAGUCGCAGGCCUGAAGAAACAUCGGCUUGUCGAGCCUAUGGACUGUCUGGAAGAAAGGAUGUGUAAGAAACACAAUCAACUACUGGAGCUCUUCUGCAGGACUGAACAGGUGUCUGUAUGCCAGUUCUGCACAGAGGAUGACCACAAGUCCCAUCCUGUUGUUCCUCUAAAGGAGGAAUAUGAAGUGAAGACGGCCCAGCUUGGGAAGAUAGAGGCUGAAGUUCCACAGAUGAUCCAGGAGAGAAAACUAAAGAUUAAGGAGAUCAAAGAGGCAGACAGACAGAUCAAUGCUCUGAUAAGCCAUGUUGAAAAGUGGCGGGAUGAUUUCAACAAAACGAUCAAAGAGAAACGGAAAUCCACAAAGAAACAAACUGAAGACCUCGUCAAAGAGCUGGAGCAGGAGAUAGAAGAUCUGACUAAUAGAAGCUCAGAAGUGAAGCAGCUCUCACACACCAAAGACCACCUUCACUUCCUCCAGGCCUUCAGAUCCCUGAAGGAUCCUCCACCCACCAGGGACUGGACGACGGUGGAGGUCCGUACUCAGUCAUACAUACGUACCAUAAGGAGUUCCCUGGAUCAGCUGGAGGAGACACUGAACAUGGAGAUGAAGAAGCUGCCUCAUGAUGCUGAACUGAAGAGGGUCCAGCAGUAUGCAGUAGAUUUGACUCUGGAUCCUGAUACAGCUCAUCCCGAGCUCAUCCUGGAUGGGAAAGGAGUACAUGAUGGAGGUUUAAAGAAGACACUCCGACACAGCUUAAAGAGAUUUGUAAAUUGUUUAUGUGUUGUCACAAGGCAGCGCUUCUCCUCAGGGAGAUUUUACUUUGAGGUCCAGGUUAAAGACAAGACUGCAUGGUGUUUAGGAGUGGUCAGAGCUUCGCUCAGCAGAAGUGGUUGGAUCAUAUUGACCCCUGAGACGGGUUGUUGGACUCUCUUCUACGACAAGGAUGGGUUGGUAUUUAGAGACGACCCUAAUGUCCGUCUCCCUCUGAGAGCUGCGCUCCAGAAGGUGGGGGUGUUUGUUGAUUAUGAUGAGGGUCUGGUCUCCUUCUAUGAUGUGAAAGCCAGGGUUCUUAUAUAUUCUGCUACUGGUUGCACCUUCAGUGAGCCUCUCUAUCCAUACCUCCGUCCCUGUUCAGGUUAUGGAGGUACAAACUCUGCCCCCCUGAUAAUCUCACCUGUCAAUAAAACAGUCAUUUGAUAAUAAAAUAUUAAAACGACCAAAACACCAGAAUUCCUGAAUUUAGAAUCUAUGCAAGAUCUGAAAUAUCUGCAUUAGAAGAUCUUGAAGAAUAGCACCCAUUAUAAGGAUAAGAAUACACUAAAGUAGAUAUGUGUCUGUUUUUGCUUUCACGUUUAAAGCUAUACGAUUGUUGCAGUUAUGUUGAACAUGUUUAGAGGAUACAUUUUUAUAAAUAACCUCAGUUUUUUAAAUUUCUAUUGGUUUUAACUUCUGACUAGUGAAUAACACAACAAUCCAUUGUUCUUACCUUUGUGAUUUUAAUAA